AUGAUCACUCUUACUCCCCUCUCGUCCUCAGCUGCGGCCUCGUCCUCGUCUGAACCAGUAUGCUAUCUCUUGGAGCUGGAUGACGCAAGGAUCCUGUUGGAUAUGGGACAAAAAGACUAUCGUACCAGCUCAUUGCAAACCUCAUGGGACUACGAAGAGAAGGUCAGAGAACUUGCGCCUACACUAUCCCUCGUACUUCUAUCACAUUCUCCUACCACUUAUCUUUCCCUUUAUCCUUAUGCAAGAGCGAGAUGGGGUUUAUCCUGUCCUGUAUAUGCUACCCAACCCACGGUGGAGAUGGGCAGAGUGGUGUGUUUGACAGAAGUGGAAUCAUGGAGAGCAGAAUGCCCGGUGGAAGAUGCGUCUGAUAUCGCAAACGGUAAUCGAGCAGAAGGAAGUAGACCGAACAAAGGCAAAAAGCCACUGCGAGGACCUUUUGUUCCUACCAUGGAAGAAGUUCACGAAGCAUUUGAUUGGAUUAAAGCAAUUAGAUAUAAUCAGCCCUUACAUCUCGGAGGUGAUCUGUCACAUCUACUUCUGACACCAUUCCCGUCUGGACAUACAUUAGGGGGAACGCUUUUCAAAAUCCGUUCACCAACUUCAGGUACUAUCUUAUAUGCUGUCGGUAUCAAUCACACUAGUGAAAGACAUUUGGAUGGAAUGGUUGGCGGACAAAAUGGUCCAACUGGGUAUGCCGAAGGCGUUAUGCGACCCGAUUUGCUUAUUAUCGAAGGUGGCAGAAGCGAGGUGGUGAAUGUCAAGAGGAGAGAUAGAGAGACUGCUCUACUGGAUCUUGUCACCUCCACACUUGAGUCAAAUCAUUCGGUCCUUCUCCCGUGCGAUCCUUCACCACGUCUACUCGAGUUACUCGUAUUAUUAGAUCAGCAUUGGACAUUCAAGCUCAAUCCUACUACCAAGCGUCGGCAAACGAGUUCAACCGAUCCAUGGUCAUAUCCGCUGUGUCUGGUCAGUAGGACAGGGCAAGAUAUGGUAUCUUUCGCUAGAAGUUUGAUAGAGUGGAUGGGAGGUGUAGUGAAAGAAGCUGGAGGCGAAGAAGUCGUGGGUGAUUUGGCCGGUAAUAAGAGAGGUGGAAAGAGGAGGAGAAACGCAGGUGCUACUCUCGGCUCGGAGUAUGGAGCUUUGGAUUUUAGACAUGUUCAAUUCUUCCUAUCACCUGCGGAUCUGCUUCAAGCUUAUCCAUUAAUGAAGCCAAAACUGGUCUUGGCAAUACCAUCGACCAUGUCUCACGGCCCUUCGAGAUUCCUCUUUACCACGAUGGCGAGUACCGAGGGGAACGUAGUGCUUCUGCCCUCUAGGGGAGAAGAUAACACUUUAGCCAGAGAUUUGUACAAGCGAUGGGAAGUGGAGCAAGAUGAGGGAUCCAAGUGGUCAAGAGGUAGGAUUGGAAGGACAAGCGGAUUGAAAGGUCAACUGCAAUUGAAAAUGGACUUCAAAGUCCCGUUAAUCGGUUUAGAACUGGAAUCACAUCUAGAAUCUGAAAGACUUGCCAAAGAGAGAGAAGCUGCACAUCAAGCCGCUGUUGAUCGAUCAAAGCGGAUGUUGGAAGCCGACGAUCUUGAUGAAUCUGAAUCCGAAGGGUCCGAAGAUGGAGAAGAAGCAGAUGGAAUAAUAGUCAGGAGGCGUGAUGAGAAUGUCAAUGCAAACGCAUUUGCAGGAGAUGGAGAAGAUGUCAAGACAAUGUCUUUUGACAUCUACGUGAAAGGUCAGCAGAUGAGGGUCAACAGAGGUGUCCCAGGAGAAAUGACGAGGUUUAGGAUGUUCCCUUUUCUAGAAAGAAAAGGUAGAAAGGUCGAUGCAUAUGGAGAAGGUCUCGAUAUCGGCCAAUGGGUCAGAAAAGGUAGAGAAAUCGAAGAAGAAGGGGAAACUGAAGAAGUCAGGGAGAAAAAGAAACAGAAAGAGGAAGAAGAAGAAAGACAAAAAGUACAGCCCGAAGCCCCGUCGAAAUACAUAUCAGAAACUUUCACUCUUGACUUAAAAGCAUCAAUCUUCUUUGUGGACAUGGACGGUUUACAUGAUGGUCAAUCGAUCAAAACUAUAAUAGCGGAUUUGCAACCUCGUAAACUAAUAUUGGUUCGAUCGAAGGAAGAGUCUACUUCGUCCUUAGUCAAAUAUCUCAACUCUACCUCGGGCAUAACGAAUGACAUUUACAGUCCGUCUACAGAAGAACAGAUUAAGAUAGGUGAACACGUACAGUCGUAUUCCAUUACUCUAGGCGAUAGCAUCUCUGUUGGAUUAGCUAAGAAGUGGUCCAAGUUCGAGGGAUAUGAAGUAGCUAUGAUAGAUGGUAAAAUCGCUUUUGCCCCUGGAUCAACUGUACCGGUCUUAGAAGCUGCAGAGAUGGUCAAGCCACUGCCCAUCGAGACAGCUCCUGAGGAAGAGCAAAAUGAAAAGAAAGUCAUGGUAGAAGCUUCUUCGAUGGAAAGGAAAGAUGAUGAUGACACUGAAAUGACAAGCGAACCAGCAAAAGAAGCUACUGUGGAAACCGCUCAAGAUGAAGCCAAUAACGUCUCAACUAAAUCUGAACCGGAUGUCGCUGAAGAAGCCAUAGACCAUACCAAACUUACAAUUGCUGCCCCUCAAUUGCAACCCGUGAAAGUCACGCCUAGUCAACUGCCUACGUCAUUAUAUAUAGGUACAUUGCGACUGUCCUCCCUCAAAUCAUACUUGUCAACACUAAAUCCCCCUAUACCAGCUGAGUUCGCCGGUGAGGGUAUAUUGCUAUGCGGUCCAGGAUUACAAACAACCGAAGGGGAAAAAGUCAAAUCUGGGAGUAUAAUAGUUGUCAAGAAGGUCGGUGAAGGAGGAAUUGUAGUCGAAGGAACAGUAGGAAAGGUAUAUGAUUUGGUCUCAAAAAGUGUGUCUGAACAGCUGGCCAGAGUCAAUGCUGCUUAA